CUUGUGUUUAAUAUCAACGAAUAAGAGUCAUCAAGAUGUGUAAGACUAUUUACCCCGCAUUUUAUGCAAUCCUAUUUUUUUUUUAUCCGCAUUUCGCCAAGAAACGGGUCAUAGACACACAUUAAGAGAGUUGUCGACAUGACACUAAUUAAAUGCCCGUCAUGCAAAAGUGUGUGUGUGAAUACCAAUUUGCCUAUUAUAUACAUAUUUUUUUUUGAGUCUUCUUUAACAAGGUUUCAAUGGAUAACAAUAAAUUAUCAGAUAAACGAGUUGUAGUGGCUUCUUUGUUUCUACCUUAUACAGUUGACUUUGAACUUCAAGAAAGAAAAAGGCGGUCUACUAUCACUACACAAGACACGUCUGACGCACUCAAUCUUAUACAGAGUCUGGCAAAGCAUCGGCAAGAAAAGGAAACUAAACCUCAAGAACUGUUUGACUUUAAGAAACCCGAGAAACUUGUACAGCCACGGUCUAAACAACAAAGGGAAGAAGAAAUUCGAAAAUUAGUGCCCUUGUUAUCUGUCCAGAGUAGACGUCCUUCUGUUGAUACGGUCUUUACAGACGCACCAUGGUCUGUGAAACCUUGUUCUGUAGGCAACAUUGGUCUCAACAAUGCAUUGUUCUCUAUUCAAGAUAGACUUCAUCAGAUUGCCUGGGUCGGCACACUCGGUAUGUCAACGGAUGCCUUGGUUCAAAAGACCAAAGAUCAAAUCUGUACUCGAUUUCGUCAAGACUAUCAUGCUUAUCCCGUCAUGCCUUCCGAUAGUGUAUUUGAUGGUCAUUAUAACCAAUACUGUAAACAAGUACUUUGGCCUUAUUUUCAUUAUGUGGUCAGGGAUGAUCCAAAGAACAUGAUGUCACAAAAUGGACCUUAUCAUUCUUACAAGGCACUCAAUCAACAGUUUGCCGAUACAAUUGUUGAAAAUUAUCAACAAGGUGAUAUCAUUUGGAUAAAUGAUUAUCAUCUUAUGCUUUUGCCUGGUAUGAUUCGUGAAAAGAUUCCUACGGCUACCAUUGGUUUCUUUCUUCAUAUUCCUUUCCCUAGUUCUGAAUUGUUCCGAUGUUUACCGCCGAGAAAAGAACUGUUAAAAGCCAUGCUUCAGUCAGAUGUAAUUGGAUUUCAAACCUAUUCGUUUGCUCGUCACUUUCUACAAUGUGCUCGUACAUUGGGUGUCGAGACAACACCUGCAGGCAUUCGGUGCAAAGAUCACUAUUGCUCAGUUGGCAUUCACCCUAUAGGUAUUGAUAUGCAUGCCUUGUCAAAGAAGAUAUCUGACCCACAAGUCACUCAAUGGGUCACAAAACUCAAGGAAAAAUACGCAGACAAGAAACUGAUUGUAGCCCGUGAUAAAUUGGACUACAUCAAGGGUGUACGACAAAAACUGCUGGCAUUUGAACAAUUUCUGAUUCGACACCCUGAAUGGCGAGGCAAAGUGGUCUUGAUCCAGAUUGCCUUGUCGACGUCUGAACAUAAUGAAUUAAGAGCUCAUAUUUCAGAUGUUGUCUCCCGUGUCAAUUCCAAGUUUAGUAAUCUCUCUUAUCAGCCCAUUGUGUUUCUUCAUCAGGAUAUUACGUUUUCUCAGUAUUUGGCCUUGUUGACGUGUGCUGAUACGUGUUUAUUGACACCGUUAAGAGAUGGCAUGAAUUUGACGUCGCAUGAAUAUAUUGCUUGUCAGAAAGAAACACAUAACCCAUUGAUCUUGAGUGAAUUUACCGGGACAUAUGGUAGUUUUGGGGCUUCUAUUCGUGUCAAUCCUUGGGAUUAUCCACAAGUAAGUGAUGCUAUUCAUGAAGCUUUAUCUAUGUCUGCAGAAGAGAAAUCGAUUCGAUGGAAUGAACUCUAUAAAGUGAUAGAGACCAAUUCUGCUCAACAUUUUGCUACCAACAUUAUUACACGACUUGAUAAAGUACGUGCUUGAAUUUAUGCAAUACAUCACUGCGGUUCAUAAAUAAAAUGAGUCAC